AUGACUAAUGAAAUAAAAAAUCUGCCUCCAUCAUUAGUGACACCAGAUGAGACAAUUGAUUUGAUAACUGACAGUACACCAUUGUCGAUCACAACCUCUCAAUACGAUCGAAACAAGAAAAACAAAUCAGACAUGUUAUUUACACGGAAAAUGCUAAUUCAACAACGUCUGAUGAGAUGGUGUGCAUUUAUUUUGUCACUUGGAACAAUAAUUAUAAUAUGGCGUUAUAUUUCUAUUUUAAUUCUUGCUGUUUGGUUAUCAAGUAUAUGCCGGCCCUUUCUUGAAUGGCUCGUGAAUCAUUUGCCUUUAAUGAAUCGAUGUCGGGAAAAAAGUUCUCGUUCGGCAAUAGCUGCAUUUUUACUGGUUUUUCUUGUCAUUGUUGUGAUAUUACCCAUUAUAUUAAUAAUAAUUGCGUUAACUGGUUCAACACUUGAUUUCGUUGCAAAUCUAUCGAAUUCAACAACAGCUCGCAAUGCAAUAAAUCUCCUUGUACCUCCAAUGAAUAAGAAUGAUCAUAAUAAUUCAAAAGAGUCAUCAUCAUUAAACUCUACAAAUGAAAGUUUUAUUGAUUUUAUAAAAGGUGGAAAAAAUGCGACAUUUAAUAUACUAGAGCGUUUUUUGAUUCAACGAGAUGCAAUCACAGACGUUGUACAAUUAUUUGGUGGAAAAGCUUUAUCAGUUUUGUCAACUGUUGCUGGAGCUACAGUACAAUUCAUCGUUGGUAUAUUAAUAUUUUUGGUAUCGACAUACACAUUUUUGUUAAAUGGUAUUGAACUUUGGGCAUGGACAGUAGCACAUGGUCCAUUAUCUGCAAAACACAUGAAUCGUCUUAAAAAUGCUUUUCAAGAAACAGGACGUGGCCUUUUAAUUGGUGUAUGUUUAACGUGUGCUGUCCAAGGAAUUGUUGCUGCUAUUGCUUAUUUAUGUUUACAAAUUCCCCGUUGGUAUGCGCUUGGUGUUUUAACUGGUUUUUGUUCAUUAAUUCCUAUACUCGGCACAGCUAUUGUUUGGAUUCCGAUAACUAUUGGUCUUUUUAUUCAACAAGCCUACUUCAAAGCAGUCAUUAUGAUUGUUGUCGGAGUUUUAGCUAUUGGAUCUGUUGAUAAUUUACUUCGACCAUUUUUUUCAAAAAUGGGUUCAUUACAAAUGUCAACUCUAUUGUUAUUAUUAACAAUUUUCGGUGGACUAGAAUUAUUAGGAGCAUGGGGGGCUCUUCUAGGUCCUCUAAUUGUUCGAUUAGCUACUGAAGCAAUUAUUCUUGUUCGAGAAGAUGAAGAUGACCAAGAACAAAAUGAAGUAUCAUAA